CCCUAACGAAACGCUGGGUUUUUGCUUCCUGUGUGAUGCACAGUCUGCACUAUUUUCUCAUUUAUUUGCAGAUAGGUUGGUAGCCCACUUAUUAAACCAAUUCAAAAAGAGUGAAGAAUGGAAAAAAUGGAGGCGACUUCAGUCACGAUGUCUGUUCUGUUUGUUUUAUCAUUAUUUGUUCAAGCUACAGCUUUUGGUUCAUCUGUAUUCCAGUACCCCUCUUCAGUUUCAGUGAAUGUUGGAGCCAAUGUGACCCUGCUUUGCAGUAUUAAACAGUUUUCUGCAGACUGCUCCUCUGUUUGGUGGUUCAAGGUGCAGAAACCAUCACCAGUGCUGACUCUUCUCAACACUAAUACAAGAAAAUAUUUAAAAACAACUACGUCAAAGAAUUGUUCCCUCACCAUCUACAACCUAGAGGAGAGUGACUCUAGUGCUUACUACUGUGCCCUUUUACAAGGGCUGGGUAUCUACUUUGGUCUCGGGUCUCAAGUGCUGGUAUCAAAACUGGCUGGUGACUCCGCUUCACUGGUGAUUUUCAGAUCACUUGACACCAUAGAAGAUGAAGUUACUCUAGUUUGUUUGGCUUCUGUGGCAAGUUUUGAAAGUUCUCGACUCUACUGGAUGAUCAAUUCCAUUCACAAAGAAGGAGAAACUGAAUUUAGGUCGCACUUCAUCCAAAGCCAAGUCUCUAUUCCAACUCAUAUAUGGAAGGCUGGUGUCCAUUGCACAUGUAUACUUACUACUGAAAGUGGGCAGAAUCUGAACAGGACAAUAAAGCACAAAACAGAGGGGUGUUUUAUUUUGAUGUCAUCUCUUUUGGGGGUCUCCUUUCCCUUGGUCAUUGUACUAAUCAUUCUUACAGUACAAUGUAAUCAAUUACAACAUUCAGGACAUCGAAGUGAAAGCAUCCACCUUGGAAUAUGUAGCUCCAGUAAAGUGAAUAAAAAAAGACAGGAGAAAGAGGAGGUCCAGUAUGCCACCAUUGUAUCGUCAGGAUGGCGGAGAUGAAGACAGAAACUUUGCCUUUACUCUCAAUUCUUUUUUUUUUUUUGUUGAUUAUCAUUUAAUCACAGACAGUGUAGCUUGUAGCUUUGGCCUCAGAAUAUAAAACAAAAGGCUGCCAUUUCAGACAUUGCAUCUUAAGGGAUGCUGAGACCCUGGACAAGUCACUUAAUCUGUUUGUGCUCCAGUUCUUAAAACGUGUAAACCAUUGGACAAUACAAUAGAGAUCAUGCAGACUGGCUUGGUGUUCACUGUAGACAGGGAUUCUGUGAAAAUAAAAUGUUAGUUUAUUUGUAUGUCUUCAUUGAAUUUUCACCAUCUUGCAUGUACAGUAAUUUAAUUGAACAUUUUGCAUUUUCUAAGCAGCUUAUCCAGUUCAGGGUCAAGGGAACUGAACAUUUUAUAAAUUGCUACCUAACAGUAUUUGUGAAUGCCAGAAAAUAUAUUGUAACUUCAAUUAUACUUUCAUAUACCUGAUUAAUUAUUUCAGCUUUAUGUAAUAAAACAGAAAUGCAGAAAAUAAUACAGUGUGCUGAGUAACGACCCUUUGACGAGGUGUCACAGUCAUACAAUAUCUUGAACAACUUUGAAACAAUUAUUAUAAACACAUAUUUCAAGAGUUCUGCCGAGUAUCCUAUCUAGAGUUCAUUUU